AUCUAACAGAGACAGAGAGAGAUGGAUUCUAUUUUAGAGGAGGAGAAGAAGAAACCCCAUGUCGUAUGCAUACCAUUCCCAGCACAGGGACACAUAAACGCUAUGAUCAAGGUAGCAAAGCUUCUUCAUCACAGAGGCUUCCGUAUUACCUUCGUCAACACUGAAUACAAUCACAAACGCUUACUCAAGUCAAGAGGACCUGAUUCUCUAAAGGGCUUACCUGACUUCCAUUUCCACACCAUCCCCGAUGGUCUCCCACCUUCAGACAUUAAUGAUUCUACUCAAGACGUCCGUGCCCUAUGUGAUUCCAUCGGGAAGAAUUGUUUAGAUCCCUUCCGCAACCUCCUCUCCCAACUCAACUCCGAUCUCAACAUCCCUCCCGUCACCGGCAUAGUCUCUGAUGGUUGUAUGGGCUUCACUCUUCAAGCUGCUGAUGAACUCGGUGUCCCUCAAGUUUUCUUUUGGACGCAUAGCGCAUGUGGCUUCUUCGUCUACAUGAACUGUCACCUCCUCCUGGAAAAAGGCCUUAUACCUUUCAAAGAUGAAAGCUAUUUGACAAAUGGGUAUCUAGACACUCCCAUUGACUGCAUCCCAGGAAUGAAGAACAUGAGAUUGAGAGAUCUCCCCUGUUCUAUCCGAACCACUGAUCCCAACGACUUGCUUCUCGACUAUAUCAAGGUAGAAACAAAGAGAACUCAGAAAUCUGCGGCGGUCAUUUUAAACACCUUCGAAGCCCUUGAUCAGGACAUCUUAGAUGCACUCUCCACUAUGUUGCCUCCUGUUUACACCAUUGGUCCUCUGCAAUUGCUGCUAAACCAGUUGAAGGUUGAUGGUGAUUUGAAAUCUAUAGGUUCUAAUCUAUGGAAAGAAGAACCGAAGUGUCUUGAAUGGCUCAAUUCUAAAGAACCCGGUUCAGUAGUUUACGUGAAUUUCGGUAGCGUCACUGUAAUGACCACUCAACAACUCGCUGAGUUCGCUUGGGGACUCGCCAACAGCGAGCACUCAUUCUUGUGGAUCAUAAGACCCGAUCUUGUGGUGGGUGAAUCGGAUGUGUUUCUACCCGAGUUCAUGAUUCGAACCAAAGAGAGAAGUAUGUUGGCAGGAUGGUGCCCACAAGAGCAAGUCCUAAGCCACCCAGCCAUCGGCGGGUUUUUAACACACAGCGGUUGGAACUCUACACUCGAUAGUAUAUGUGGUGGUGUGCCUGUGAUCUGCUGGCCUUUCUUCUCCGAGCAACCAACCAACUGUAGAUAUUCAUGUGUUCAUUGGGGGAUAGGUGAUGAAAUUCACCAAGACGUGAAGAGGGAAGACGUUGAAAGGCUUGUGAGGGACUUGAUGGUAGGAGAUAAGGGUAAGGUUAUGAAGAAGAAGGCAAUGGAAUGGAAGAAGAAAGCUGAGGAGGCCAUUACUCCUGGUGGCUCUUCCCAUGUCAAUUUUAACAAUAUGGUGAAUGACAUUCUUCUCCCCAAGUGAUGUCAAAUAAUCAAAACUU